UGAUCUCGAGACAAAGGAGAAGACAUCAAAUAAUAUUCACACAACCAACAAUUUGGCGAGGAGAAGAUAAAAAAUGCAGACUUUGAUGAGCUUCGGCAGAAGAAGCAAGUUUUUUAACUUCACGGGAGAGAAGCGAAAAGAAGUAUUAUUUUUCAAUAUCCAAGGGUCAUCUGAGGGGCGGGACGCCGAACGUUCCUCAUGCCACGCAGUGUAUCUGAAACUCCGAAGCCCUAGUCCACUUCGAAGCCGUAUGUAAUUCUCUUCAGUCUCAACUGCCGUCCGAUUGGCUGUCUAGAUCUCCAAAUUAUACUUGGAUUCGGACGAAACUCCCUCAUUGCGUCAACCUCAGCUUUUGAAAGGUACUUUCUCAUCUUAAAACUUCCACAAAUUUUCUCCGUUGUUCCUUCCAGCUUUUCCCUUUCAUCUUCAUCUUCUAAUUAUAAUGGGAUUUGGAUCUACCAUUCUUCCUCCUGUUCGGGGCUUAUAAGAGUAAAGUCCUUUUUUUGUUCAGCAAUUGAAAACCAUUAUUUCAAGUCUCUAGCAAUUAAAUCAACAAAUUGACGAUGGAGUUUCAAGAAUCAGAUUGGGCUUGGGUUCCUGAAAUUGUCCUCGAGGGAAUUCUAGAUUGUAUUGUGUCUUUCUACGACUACGCCAGGUUUGGUGCAGUUUGCAAGCACUGGUAUUGUGUUGCAAAGUACAGGAGACGGCAAUUUAUGGAAUUAUGGAGCAGACAGCUUCCGUUGUUGAUGAUCCCUGCCGCGGACGGCCGUAGAGACCAGCGACGUCUACACAACGUUGUAACGGGGAAAACAUAUGACUUUCUACUCUCACUGCGUUACGACAGGAGAUGUGUUGGUUAUUCACAUGGUUGGUUGGCUACUAAUUGUAAGAAUACAAUUAUAACUCUCAGAAAUCCUUUCUUGAAUCAAGCCAUACUUUUACCUUCACUUAAAUCUCCCUUCCAGAUGAGUACUUGCCCAACAAAUUGGUAUGAUUAUGAUGUCAAUAAAGUGGUCUUAUCUCAUAACCCUUAUUUGUAUCCUGAUCGUUACGCAGUCAUGUCAAUGUCCUACGUUAAUAUAUCCCUUGCUGUAUUGAAACCAGGAAGUGAUUCUUGGACUCACUUUGAUAAAAGCCAGAAUGAUACGGAUGAUAUUAUUUACCAUAAAGGUGUGUUCCUUGCGGUAGACCGAAAAGGUGAACUCGUAGAAAUCAAAUGUCUGAACUCUAGUAGUCCUAAGAUGGAAACAAUCGUGUCUCGGGAAAAUUGUGAGAAGAUUAUCCAUACCAUAGUAUAUCUUGUGGAAUCAUCGGAUGGGUCUCUGUUAUUAAUUCGCAAAUAUAUGGAUUUUUAUGACGAUGUGACUCCACAUUUUAAGGUUUCUAGACUUGUGCGUUCCGAAAAUAAAGUUAAGAAGCCAUAUUGGGACGAGAUUAAAAGUCUGGGGGACGAGGCAGUGUUUGUGGGUGACAGCGACACAUUGUGUAUUCGGGCGUCUAACUUCCCUGGCUGCAGGCCAAAUUGUAUAUACUUCGAUUAUCAUUCUGGGCAUUAUCUCAAGCCGAGAAAGCUUUGUGAUAUGGGCAUUUUCAACUUAGAAGAUGGAAGCAUCACAGGACAUUAUACCAGUGAUGAUGAAUCCCUAAACAAUUGGCCUCACGCAGCUUGGAUUGUACCGACUCUUGGAGAUGAAGCUACAGUCAAUCCCAAAAGUAGAUGCGCACCGCACCUCCAAUUCUGAUAUUUGGUGUCCACCUUGGUGAUGAAUAAAUCUUUCUUUGCUAGCACUACCUUCUAUUUAAGUUUCAUGCUUAUUUAUUUUAAUUAUUAGUCAUUUUUGUCCCUUUUAAUCCAUUAUUAUUUUUACUGCUU